AUGUCGCAGAAUUACGCGGUAGUGGUGCUGUGGUUAUGCACGGCGGUGACAGGCUGCGUUGGAGCUCUUCCCCGGGUUCAAUCUCGAAUUGUUGGCGGUAGAGAUACGUUUAUAGAACAACAUCCAUAUCAAAUUUCGCUGCGAAGAGCCGGAUCUCAUACCUGUGGUGGAUCGAUUCUCAACGUCAACCAUGUCCUAACUGCUGCUCAUUGCGUGCACUACCCUCAUUCAGUACCAGCGGAUUUCUCCAUUCGAGCAGGUUCUACGUUUCGUAAUGAGGGAGGCCGACUGAUUACGAUAUCUCAGAUCAAUAUUCAUCCGAAGUACGACGACUGGACUCUGGAGUGGGACAUUUCCGUACUGAAGCUAGCGACUUCGUUAUUGUUUGACUCGAAAAUUCAACCAAUUAGGCUACCAACAAGGAAACUUACUAUUGCUGAAGGAACCAAAGCUUCGAUAGCCGGAUGGGGUGGGCUUCAUUACCAAGGACCCAGCACGAGCCAUUUGCAACAUGUGUCGGUACCAGUCGUGAGCAAUGAAGCUUGCAGUAGAGCUUACGAAAAUUUUGGAGCAAUCCAUUCGUUUCAUCUAUGCGCUGGAGCAGCCGGGAUCGACGCUUGCCAAGGGGACUCUGGUGGACCACUGGUUGUCAACGGUUUGCUAGUAGGCAUCGUUUCUUGGGGCUAUGGUUGCGCAUUCAGCGGUUAUCCGACAGUGUACACCCGUGUUUCAGAGUUUCUCGAUUUCAUUGAGAAACAUAUUUGA